AGAUUAGGUCAUUGGGCCAUGACAAACCCGUUGUAAAUGCGAACUUGCUCUCAAAACACACACCAGUAGUUAAAAGUCCGUUCACAAUCCCUCCAAAUAUAUCUCGUGCAGGUAUGCGAACAAACGUCGACUUUUGAUAUUUAAAUCAUACUCAGCGGUUUACAAGGUCGGACUUUACUUUAGUAAAUGUGUUUUGAGGAUGUCAUGAAUAUUGUUCCCAAAAGAAUCCAAUUCACAAGGAACCGUAAUUCUGUGCGAAAUCAACUUUUAUCAACUUGGAAUAUUUGUGACUGUCUCCAUGGCACGAAUCUCGUCGAGCUCCCUGUUGUUGUUGAUGAUUCGACUUCCUAGUACUAGUCAAUACUGUCCUGUUAUGUUUAAUUGAUUCACACUGGGGCAGAAAGACAAACCAAGAAAAAGAACUUGACUGUAUCAUCAUCCAUUAUGAAUUGGAGAUAAAAAUAGUUGGAUUAUAAUACAUAACCUCUGUUUCUAAGUGUCAAACUACCAACACAAAUCAGGAUCCUUUCAAGAUGUCUGGAGCAGCAGAUGAUGAUUCAGCACCAUCGAUCAGCACACCUCAGUCUCCCGAGGGUACAGAUGGAGCACCAGAUGUGACAGUAACUGAAAGCAAGCCAGAUAACCCCCAUAGCCAUGCAGAAGAGGAGGAUACAUCAAAAGACCAAUCAAAGAGUGAGACUCCAACUGAACCAGGAAAUGAGGAUGGUGAAAUAUCAAAACCAGAAGAUGCUCCACCAACAGACAAUGCUGCACCAGUGGAUGAAGAGAAUGUAGGACCAUCUGGUGAAGAGAAUACUGAAAACAAGGAGGAUGCAGUUGAUGGAACAGUCAAAGCGGAAGAUACACCUGCAGAUGGUGAAGCAGAGCAAAGUGCCCAGCAGGAAACUCCUCCUGCCGCUGAGGAGGAGAAAGGUGAGCCUGCACCAGAGACAGGGGAGACUGAACCUGUUAAACAGGAGGAUGCUGAACCUGGUGGACAAGAUGAUGAAGCACAAGCACAGCCAAAUGAUACAGAGCAGAAGGAAAAUGACACAGAGGAUGUUGAGGGUGAACAGGCCAAAGAGCCAGCAAAGGAAGAUGGUGUGGCAGUUACUGAAGACAGUGCCAAGGAUGAAGAAAAAGCAGAUGAAGUGGGUUCUGUUGACCAAAAAAUCUCAGAGAACGAGAGUAAAAAUGUUGCAGACACUGGUGCAGAUGAGGGUGAAAAUGCCCAAGACAACGUUAAAGAUGAGCAACCAGCCCAAAGCACUGAGUCAGAACCAACAACUGAUAUUCCAGAAAGUGAUACCAGGGAGACACAAUCGAAUGCAGAUGACACCCCUCAAGAAACUGAGAACCCCAAAACAGAAGCAUCAAAUGAUGAGAAUGUAGGGAAUGAACCUAUGUCAGGGAAUGUUGAGGACAUGAAUAAUGAAUGUGCUAAGGAAAAUGCUGAAUCAAAACCAGAAGACACCAUACCUACUGCAAACACUACUAGUGAUGUUCCUCCAAACUCUGGAGAAAGUACAGAACAAGUGGAACUCUCUAAGUUAGACUCUGUGAAGUUAGAAAAUGAUCGCUUGAAGGGAAGAGUUAAAGAGCUUGAGGAAGAGAUAGAGGGAAUUAAAGAAGGGCGAAAGGAAGGAAUAAAAAUCCAAGCAACUUACCUUGCUCGGGAAGUCAGUCAACAGCAAGAUACUGAAAAAUACCUCAGAGAGAAACUUGCAGAGAAUCUGCAAGAGAAAGAAGAAAGUGACCAACGGGUGAAAGAUAUGCAGCUACGCCUCAAGCGAUUCGCCAAGGAUGAUCAGGCGAAAGACGCCCGGUUAGCCAAGAUGGAGAAAGAGCUUCGUGAAGUAACGCAAGAGGUUCAGAUCUUGGAGAAUAUGUUGGAUGAAGACACACUUCGUAGUGUGCGGGAACAAAAAUCAGGUGGAAAUGUCAAUGGACCAAGUGUUGCAGGAAGAAAGAAAGGAACUGCUUCACCUCCUCCACCACAAUCAAAGACUUGUGUCAUUUUGUGAAACUCUUCAUUUAACUCCUAGAUAUAUUAGUGUGGAUGCUUGUAAUGUGAAUGAGAAUGGAAAGGGUGCCAAACAGGUGACAACGAACCAGAUAGAAAUUGUAUAAAAAGAUGAAGAGAAAAUAAUAUACAUCUUCAGCAUUUACAAAGAAUAGUUUAGAAAAGAAGAACAUCAGGGCCCCGUCUUACAAAGAGUUGCAAUUGAUCCAAUCCCAAUCAAUCGCAACUAUGGAAAGCCAGCAACGUCAACAUCUAAAAUUACAUGUUUGUUCAAAACAUUUUCUAGAAAUUAUGUAUAUUCAAAACAUUCACUGUUUUCUUGACUGUUCAGUAUGCUUCUCUUUGUUUUCAUAGGACAUUGAGCUAAUCCUGAAGAAAAAAUUAUGACAUUGAUGGAUUUCCAUAUACUUGAGAUUGAUCGGAUCAAUCAUAACUCUUUGUAAGACGGGGCCCAGUACUACGUAAUAUAUAAGAGAUUAAAUCAUAUCUUAAGAUUGAUAAACCAUGUCCCAUAGGUUCAUUAUUGACCCAUAAGACUGAUUGAUAUAUUCAGGGGCAGCAAACUAUUGGGGGAAAGUUAAGGGGGGGGGGAGACUGAAAAAAAAAUCAUAAAAAGGAGAGGUCCAGUCAAUGUAACUUUACUAUAUCUGUAUAAUUAAUUCAAUGGUGAAAAAAUUAUACUACCAUAAUGUCAUCUUUGGGCCCCAUUCCCAUGAAAAUACCUUGGCAGUUCCGCUGGAUCUAUUUAUUUACAGGGCACGGAUCUUCCUGAACCACAUUUUCCCAAGAUGAUUUCAAAUUUUAACAUAUUAAAACUCAUUGAAAUUACUUUUGCUUCCAUCAUUUUAUAUAUUCCACUUCUUGGGACAUUGUUUAUUCAAUUCAAUUCAAAAUGGUUUAUUAAAAAUACUUUCUUUGCGGCAAAAGCCGAAUUGCAAAAGUUUACAUUUCAAACAAAAUCAUCAAUAACAAGGUAAAAAUAACUUAUAGUACUACGGACAAAUUUCAAUAUAGACAUAUAUGUAACAAAGUAUAUAAUAAAUAAAUUUAAAUCGAUGCUCACAUGAAUGCAUAUCUCAUACACAGGGUUAAGAUGCAUGUAAAGUAAAUCUUGUAAAUUUGAUCACUUCAUUAACAUGUCAUAUAACUUCCUGGAUUUUCUUUUUUAAUCAUUGUAGUUGAUUUGUAUAAUAAUGCUAGAUAUAUUUUUUAGACAUACAGACACAUUUUUGUAACCUCUGGCAAAAAGUGCUUAACAAAUUCAGCUAUUAUUAUUAUUCUCCUUCAAAGUGUGCUGUCAUAUUAUAGAUGUAUUUCAAACUAGUCACUUGCCAGAUCAGUUCUUCUGUGUUGGAUUUGCCACAAGUAAGAUGUGUGCUAACAAAUAUUCUACUUCUUUUGAUAUUAUAUUAUCUAUGAAUCGUUUGUUGGUAUAUCACUACAAAGACUAGUUUGCUUCAUUGUAUCAAUGGGUAUUACACUGAAUCUCACAAUUAUUUGUAGAGUUUCAACUCAAUCACAUUUCAAGCAUGUAUCUAUACUAAUAUGUAAAAUCCAUAUUUACAUCCAUGUAUAUUUUGUCUUCUCAUUCUGCAAAUGUUUGUAUGAAUACAAACAAGAUCAGUAUGGUGUUUUUGUGCAAACUCUUUCCCUCUUUGUGAAAGUUACAAUGUGUGUUAUGUCAAUGUUUAAGUUGAUUUAUUUGAAUACAAAUCUUAAUGUAAAGUUACUC